GACUACGACAGGGACAGAGAACGGCAUCGGCGUGACCGCGACCACCCUGAACGUCGGGGUGAUCGAGAGCGUCGACGUGAUGAGCGACGCGAUGAUCGACUUCCGUCUCGACCGAGUGGACCAGCUGGCGGGCCUCCCCCUCGACCUGGAGAAGCAACGGACCCACUACAUCGUGCUGACCCAUGGCAUGCAGGAGCGGCCACUCCAGUUGCUUCCACUCCCACAGCAGCUGCAGCAGUGGAUGCUCGAGCG